GAUUAGUCAAAAUGGCGAAUAAUUUCUGUCAGAAAUGUAUUGGAAUUUGAUACUUUUAUUGUAAAAAUGUGAGAUGAUGAGAUCAGAGCUAAAAUGAAGAGAAAUUUUGUUUUCUUUCUCUGCAUCCUGUGUCAUGUAUUUGGCAGCAAGGCAGAGAAAGAUGGGCAAGUAUUUGUGAAGGUAAAGACAGAUGCCAUUUUGCCCUGUGGUAUAGACGUCCCAACAGACAACCAGACCUACGUGACAUACACAUGGACUGAGAGAGCAGUCUUUCUGUUAACUGCCAAGGAGGAUCAAGGAAAUAUCACUAUUACCUAUAUUGUAGAUUCUUUAAAAGCCAAGUAUAGUCUGGCUGACAACUACAGUUUGAUGAUAAAGAAUGUAGAUCUUGAUGAUACAAAACAGUAUACAUGUUCUGUUGGGAUAUUUAGAGAUCCAGAAACUAAAGAUCUUAUUCAGAAGUUUGAGAAUGUUACUGACCUUUAUGUUCAAGAUGUACCAAGUAAACCAGGGAUGCCACAAAUAGGGAGAUUAAAGUCACGUCAAGUUUCUGUUUGGUGGAUAGCCAGUUCAGAAGAAAACAAUAGUCCAAUAAGUAGCUAUAUGAUAGAAGUCAGGACAAAUACAGAAAACUGGGUAUUAGGAAAUAAAGUGACAUCAAACAUACACAAGAAGAAUAUAACAACUAACAUGAGCCUGCGGCCAUAUACUUCUUACAAAUUAAGGAUUGUAGCUGUCAAUAGUAUAGGACACAGCAUGCCUAGUGAACCAAGCAUGUUCUUCAUUACUCCUUCUGAAGAACCUGAAGCACAACCAAGAAACCUCUUGGCAACCAGUAACAACAGCUCUGUGAUACAUAUAAAGUGGGAUCAUCCCCCAACAGAAAAGAUUAAUGGAGAGUUAAAGGGUUACCAGAUCAUGUACAGUGAAGCAGACAAAAAAGUGUUCAGUGUUAUAACAUUUGAAAGAACAGAUAAAACUGAACUUGAUAUUCCAGGUGUGAAAUCCUACACUGAAUACAUUAUCCAGGUUGCAGCAUUAAAUACAGAGGGACCUGGGCCUGUUGCUAAUGCUGCUGUAGUUACUGCUGAAGGAAAACCAUCAAAACCAAGAAUCACUCACAUAUCAAGAAAUACACCAUCUACUGUGAAAGUUCAUUGGGUAGAACCAAAGGUCAUCAAUGGAAGACUUCAAAGUUAUGAACUACAGUGGAUUAACACAAAUACUGGUGUUGUCAGGACUAAAGUUAUUAAUGGUGUACUGAGAAAUAAAAUUUCAGAAAAUAUCACUAACUUAGAGCCUUAUACCCAGUAUGAUGUAAGAGUAAGGGCUGUAACGGGUGGUGGCAAAGGCGAAUUUAGUGAUAGAUAUCCUGCUAUGACAGAUGUCACAGCACCAGGAGCACCUACUAUUUUAAAUGCUACAACAAUGGGGACAGAUACAGUUUAUCUACGAUGGCUACGUCCAGAAAAGUUCUAUCGUGAUGUGGAAGAAUAUUUAAUAGAAUUUAUCGAUCUUGACUCAUACUUUAAGGAGAUUAAAAAGAUUCCUGAAAAACAAUAUGAGGUCGUAAAAUCCAACGAUAUGACGUGGAUUGAAUCUUCUAUUGGUGAUUUACCCUCUAAUCGGCAUUAUUCUGUCAGGAUCGCUGGACUUACUCAGAGUCUAUUUAAUGCUCAUCAGUAUCCUGGAAAUUAUUCUGCUACAGAAUUCUUCUAUCUCCAAGGAGACUCGCUGACCACCAAAGAUCCGAGAGCCAUUCAAGCUGCUGAGCAGGACAUAAUGUCUGCUGGUAUAGUGGCAGGCAUCGUUUGUGGGAUACUGGUUGUACUCUUGGCUUCACUUGUAUUCAUUGGUUGUAGAUCAUUAACUUGCAGAAAAUAUUACCAGGCUGCUUACAAUUACUUGGCUGUACCAACCAACUCUAAUCAUUUUCCUUCAACUGUCAUAACCAUAGCAGAACCAUUUGUUGAGAAGAGUUAUCCUGAAGUAAAAGUAGAAGACUUUAUUCAUCAUGUAAAGAUAUUGCAUGCCGACACAGAUGAUAAAUUCUCACAAGAAUAUAGUGAUGUGAACAAAAACACGCGAACAGACCUUAAGGCAGAUACAUCUAAUAUGCAUGAAAAUAAAUCAAAGAAUAGAUAUGUAAAUAUAACAGCUUUUGAUCAUUCCAGAGUAUAUUUAUCGAAGCCACCUAUAAGUGAAAAAAUCAGACAGUCUGACUAUAUAAAUGCUAAUUAUGUUGAUGGAUAUCACAAAUCCAAAGCCUAUAUAGCUACACAGGGACCAAUGCCAUCAACAUUUGGUGAUUUUUGGAGAAUGGUCUGGGAGCAGAAGUCUGUUGUCAUAGUGAUGAUUACUAAACUAAUGGAAAAAGGAAGGAAAAAAUGUGAUAAAUAUUGGCCAGAAGAAGGCCUGGAACAGCAUGGGAAUAUAGCUGUUAAACAUUUGAACACAUUUUCUAGAGCUCAUUAUACUGUUAGAAUGUUCUCGCUGAAAGAUACUAAAGCAAAAAAGCAAUCUUCAGAGAGAAUAGUAUACCAAUUCCACUAUACAGAAUGGCCAGACCAUGGAGUACCAGAUUUUACAUUGCCUGUACUCAAAUUUGUACAGAAAUCAGCAUUUGCUAAUCCACCAGGGGCUGGACCCAUUGUUGUACAUUGCAGUGCUGGUGUAGGGAGAACUGGUACCUACAUCCUUAUAGAUGCUAUGAUAGAGCAGCUUAAAGACAAGGGUACCAUAAAUAUACCACAGUUUUUACUGAAAAUUAGACAGCAGAGAAAUUUCCUAGUCCAAACGGAGGAACAGUACAUGUUAAUUCAUGAUGCAUUGGUUGAAUAUUUACUUAGCCACGAUACAGAAGUCAGAAAUGGUGAAAUAAACAAAUAUAUACAGAACUUAACAAAAAUUCAGGAGGAUAAAUCUUCAUUACUUCAGAAACAGUUUGAGCUUCUGGUAGCUUAUUGUCCCAAAGAAAUAGAUAAAUAUCCAGCCUUGGAAGAAUAUAAUGUGCCAAAGAAUCGUAGAGAAGAACUUGUACCCAUGACUACCAAGAGAGUCCAAAUUCCCACUAAACCAGGGAUACCAGGAUCUGAUUAUAUUAAUGCAACUUUCCUUCAGGGAUAUACAAAAACCAAUGAGUUCAUUUUAACACAACAUCCAAUGGAAUCUACAAUAGAGGAUUUCUGGAGAAUGGUCUGGGACAAAAAUAGUUCUGUUAUAGUGCUUUUGUCUGAUAUAGUGGAUGAUGAGCAGGAAUUUAUCAAGUUCUGGCCAGAGGAAGAUAAUCCACUACAGGUAGACACAGGAAUAUUUAAGUUAACAUGUCGUGAAGAAGAAACUGGUUAUAUGUAUACAACUAGGGAUUUCUUAUUGGAAUCUACACAGGAUGACUAUGUUCUUAUGACAAAAAUGAUAUCCUGUUCCAACUGGCCAAGAGACGACCAGCCGUUAUGUAAAGCCUUUGAUCUGAUAGACACUGUUAGAGACAUUCAUAGACUGAAUGAUAUAGGGCCUGUAAUUGUCGUAGAUAGAUAUGGCGGUGUUACUGGAUGUAAAUUCUGUGCUCUCUGGUCCUCAUUGGAUCAAUUACAACAUGAUAAGACAAUAGAUAUUUAUCACUUGUGUAAACUUUACCAUAAGAAGAGAGCAGGAAUUAUUGGAUCAAUGGGUGACUACUUAUUCCUGUAUAGUGCUGUAGAAAGUUACUGCAAUGACCAGAAUGAAAAAGACUCGGCAUUAAUGUCAAAUCAUUUGAUUCUACGAUCGUCAAAAAAGAAUGGAACUGUUCCUCGAAGUCCGUCAAUUCAGAAUAAAGUUCCACGGAGUCCAUCCUUACCAAAUAAUCACCAUUCUAGUAAAGCAGAAACAACAAUUGUGUGACACAUGCUAAAGACCAGAAUACCAUGAAAUCUUCUUGUUAUAUUAUGUGUUCAUUGGAUGGACUCUGUCACUAGAAAUUGAAACAAAUUGAACAAUCAAGUGCUUUUAUUAGAGUCAGAAUAUGUAUCCAAGUGCAGUAUUUAGGAUUUUUUCUGACUAUGUCAUAUAUAUGUCAGUAGUAUUGACUAGUAUGCAUAAAUAUCAUAAAAUAGUGUAUGAAAGACAUUGAACUCUUAACAUAUGCACACAUCACUGUAAGCUGUGAAUAUAUUACCUCAGCUCACGUAAAUAUGUGUAAACAGGUAUCUGUCAGUCUGCAAAAUAUGCUUUGUAAUUUAUUUUUUUUUAACUUGGGCGAUCUCAUCAUCUGCAACAUCAGAUUUUAUUUUAAUCACUAUAAGGGUAGUCUAGUUGUGCUUUUAAACUUACACAAAACAAGUUUCUUUUUUUGAGAAAUUUCACAUAUCAUUUCUUGCAACCAUGAAAUCAAUAUUUAUUUGGUUGAUUCCACUUUAAAACUGCUGAGUUCUUCGUUACAAUUCUAACCAGUUCUCUUUAUAUCUGUCCAUUCUAUCUUUAAUAGAACAUUUAAAGAUGUAAUGAUGAUCAUCCUCAAUUUGUUUACAAUUGGUCCCAUGUUUAAAUACCUCAGUCAGGCAGAUUGCCUUGAUGAAGUGACAUUCCAGUUUAAUGAUACAAACUAACAUGUAUUAUUCACAUAGUAGCAUGUGUUUAAUUUAUAUUUAAUUUGUAUUUUGAUUAAGUCCAGGAUAGUUUUCAAACUAGGAUUGAAAAAAAACUUUUUGUGUUUUGUGAACAAAAAUCAAUUAGCUUUGAAAUUUGUAAGUAUAAAAAUGUUUUUAAGUUUCAUAAAUAAACAAAUUGAAAUAUGUCAUGUCAUUUUAGAAGAACCUAUUUUGGGGGCAUUUUAAACAGGUUGUCAUACAAACAUGUGAUAUUUCUUUUAUUUUACAACUUUUACACCAAUGAAGCAUUCAAUGUUUUAUGUUGUGUAAUUCUUUGUUGUCUUUUUUGUAUUUUGUUUUAUCUUGUUAUUCUGUAUUUUAUAUAUACAAUUAUUGUUUCGUGCAUGUGUAUUGUGUAUUUGAUACUCAGUUUUAUUAUGUAAAUAUGUAUGAUUAUGAUCUUUCUUAUUUAUAAAUACUCAUGGAAGAGUUCAUUUCACUUGAUUUGUGUAUAUUAUAUAUAUAUAUGUAGAUAUCAAUAGAUAAAAGUAGAUUUUUUGUUCUCCCACAUAUUUUAGCAUUUAAUCGUUAUGGUAGACAUUUUGAAUCAUGGCUUUAAAAUUGUGUUAUGGUAUCAGAUUUUGGGGGUUUCUUUUGAAAGAAAAAGGUUGCAUAAGUUUUGGACAAAAGGUAUUAGAAAUAAUUUCAUAUCAUUUGGUUUUGUUGUUGGGGGAAGGACAGAUCAUUAUGAAACAUGCCUUCCAGUUUCUUUUUUAAUUUGAUCAAGUAUUCCAUCAUAUUUUAUAUUAUAAACCUGGUGAUAAUAUGAUGUAAGAGAGUAUUUCCUUCAACUUUCACUGAAAUACUUGUAAAAAUUUAUAUCUAUCUCAACAAAGCUGAAGAAUUUUAUGUUGGCCCCUGUUUUUCUGAACUGAUGGAAAUUUUUGAUUUUGUCCUUUUAAUUUUCAAGACUGAAAGAGAAGGUUUAAGACACAGAUUGAAUUUUUCAAUUUUAAUAAACCUAAGCAACAGCAAAUUAGAAGUAGGUACAUCUAAGAACCUGAUUAUUUAAAUAAAAUGGCCAGUUUAAUAUCAUAUUAUUUAUAAAGUAAUGCCACUAUACGGACUCGAUAGAUGAUUGUCAUGUAAAACAAUAAACAGAAAAAAUGUUCAUUGAUUAUAACUUGCACUGGAGAUCAUCAACCAUUAUUUGUAUUGAUCAUUUUAUCAUUGUUCCUAUGUACUGUAAAUUCAGAAAUAAUUUUGAUGAUUUAAUUCAUGCAAAAAAUUGUAAUAUGACAGUCCCAUUUACAUAACAAAUGUUCAAAAAGCAGUGCCUGAAAAAAAAAACUACUGAACAUUAUCCUCAUUAAUGUAUCAGAAUUAACUGACGGCGGACUGAGAAAAGUUACAUUAGAAUUGUCUAGGUUUUGCUUGAAAAAACAAAAGAAAGCACCUGUGUUUGUUAUGGCGCUGAUUAACCCUUUCGCCGAUGAGUCCCGGUUUACCGGGAUUCACGCUUCAGACAGCUGACGAUGAGUCCCGUUUUACCGGGAUCGGAAUACCUGUUUUAUAUUUCCCGCUCAGAACAGUGCAAACACGAUUUAUCUUUCUUUGUUGAAUACCUGGAUGAAAGUGUAAACAUGGCGCUUCCGUUUGUUGAAAACCGUGUCAAAAUCAGAGGAAAUUUACGGAAUUUACAAGAAUUUAAAAUGAGGGAACAUUUUUUUUGAAAGAAUAUGGAAGAAUUGAAGCCAAACUAGUAUACUUUUUUGACAUAAAAUGUCGUUUUAUAUACAAAACACUUGGAAUGGACAUCGUUCAGUGUAAGGAAUUUGUACAGCCUCAUUAAAUUUUUCAAAAUUUUGCCGUUUUGGGUUAAAAAAUUACGAUUUUGGGUCAAAAAGUAGAAUUUUGAGAAUUUCACCUAGAUAAUGCCGAAAAUUUGAAUAUUUUAUGAAGAAAAAAUUAUCAAAACAUGAACAAAACUGUGCACAUGGUGUUAGUGAAUGAAAUAAAGACACAAAAUAACUACAGACAAGUUUUUAUUGACAUUUAUUAUGAAGAUCUCCCACUUGAGUAAUAGUAGCCAGGGAAGCCAUCGUCUCAGAGUAGCUUCUGUCUGGGCAGCUAUCGGUGAAAGGGUUAAGAAACUACCAGAUUCACACUUCAUUAGUUUUUAUUUAUAAUUUGAAAUAAUAAAAAAUGGAUCUAUUUAUUUCUGAAUUUGUAGUAAAUGUUUGAAUUAACAUGUGCUUUGUAUAAUUUGAGCAGCUAACAUCAAUGUGUCUUGCCAUAAACAGUUGUAUAUACAUCGGUUGUUUUUUGUACAUUUGUAUAUUUUUCGUACACCAAGUCAUUAAGGUGCUAGCUCUUGAACGUAUUCACUUUUUAAUGAAAUAGCUAUGGACAAAAUACAAAGUAGUUUUUCAAUCCAUUUAAGUGAGCAUUUUUCUUUACAAAUGUGACAAUGUGAUGUAAAAAUAAUUUUUUUAAAAAGAAAUGUAUAUGUGAAAAGGCAUCAUUAUAUGAUUUCUAUUUGGGAAAUUUAUGCAUGGUAUUUUUUUUAUCAUAAAUACCACAGUCAUUUGUUGUUAUAGUGUAGUUUCAAAAGCUUUUUAAAUAUCAACGAAAAUAAUGUCUCAUGUAGAAACAUAGAAGUAGGCACUCCUUAGUUUUCCAAAAUGGCAAGGAUCUUUAAUUGCAGGGUUUUUCCCCAAUUUUGUCAAAUUUGUUAUGGGAAAGAAAAGUAAUCAUUUUUAAGAAUUAAAAUUAUGUGCUAAAUAAGUGCUUUGAACAUACAUAUAGGGAAACUUGGGAUUCAUCAGGUUUCAGAGGAACUGAAAUUAAUUCUCUUGUACAUGUAGAUUUUUUUUUCUUUUCAACAGGUUAUAUUGCUCAUCAUUACUUAAAUGAAUAAAAGGAGGAGAAAAUGUCAUUCACAUUCGCACAAACAUAUUUAUUUUUCACGUUUUUAGGCCAAGGAACUGUUAUUAGGCUAUGUUAAGUGAGUUUUUGCAUGCAAUUUGGACAUGUAUAACAUGAACUAAAUAAUGCAUCUGUUUGAAUUGCCUGAAUAUGAUUUCAUAACAUUUUUGAAAAAGUUAAACAUUUUAAUGAAUACAUUUUAAAAUUGUGAAAAAUGGUUGCAAAAUUAUCAUUAAAUCAUCACUCUUUGAAAACAAAGUCAUAGAUUUUUCAAAAUUACAUGUGUUGUUGAAAGAUUUAUUUUUUUUUUCUUUAAAGAAAAGGAAAAUGAUGGGUUUACUGAAUUUUCUCUUAUGUUAUUCAAAAAUGAUUUCCAGGUGACUUGUCAGACUGAAUGUAAGGUUGUUAAACAGUUAAAUUUAUUAUUUACAAUAAUUUUCAUCACAGACAUAGACAUAGAACAGUUUAUUCAUCAAAAAUAAAAUUUGUGACUUUAGAAUUAUCUUAUUCCCAUUAAAGUUGAAAUUUAUCUAGCAACAUAAUGUCAACUAAGAAAAACUUAUGAUUAACAUAAUGGUGUUUUGUAACGGUGAUGGUUUUAGACAAUUGCAAGAUAGUUUUAACUUAUAUUAGUUGCAAUCUUUACAAAUAACCCUUUUUUUCAAUAAUUUUCCAGAAAAUGUAAGAGAUGAAUGCAUUAUUGUUUUUUUUCCUUUUUUCGUUAAGUUCAACUUGCCAAAAUUGUUUGCAAAUCUUACAAAAAUCUUUGGUUUCACCUAUGAACUUCAAUUUCAACUUACGGUCAUCUGUCAUUUAGAUUAUUGCCAUUGAGUGAUUUAUUUGUUUUGACAAUCAUUGUUUUAUGUUAGAAUCUAGAGUAUGUAUUGGUUCAGUUUUAAACAUUUUUAUAUCAUUUUACAACAAUGGCAUAAUUCACUGAAUGAAGUGGUUGGUACAAGAUUUCAUAUUUUGUAAAUAUUGCAAGAAAGGUUGUUUUGUUUCAAUGUAGGUGCUUUUAAUUCAUAUCAGCUGUACAAAAGAGUAAUCAAAGCAGUGCUUGCAAUGUUAGUUUUCCAUUCAAGGAAAAUUUUAUUCCUUAAAAUACGGCUCCAUGCAUGAUAAUUGAGGUGUUCAGCUCCUGUAAAUAACUUUUUAAAACAUUAUUUUCCGGCAGUCACAUUUGCAUAAAAACUGACCCAUUUAAAUAAUUUUACAUGUAAUUCAAAUAAAAAUUUGAUAAUAUGAAAACAUUGUUACUGUUUUGCUAUCAGUCCAAAAUUCUUAUAAAUUACACAUUCUAAUUAGUUCAUGAGCAAAACAUAUUUUUAAAUUUCAGACUUGUUAAUAAUGAGAAGUUCUUUUUUUCCCAAUUUAAUGUCUACAAUAUCGUAAAAAUGAUAACAAACUGAUAUUAAAGAUGAUAUAUUUUUUUUGGGUUUUACCUUUUUUGUGCCCAUUUUUAUAUCUUUGUUUUGUUCAAGGAGUUACUUUUAAAUUUUUUUUUAAAGAUAUGAUAAAGUUAUUAAUGUUUUGGUUUUUUUACUGGUGUUGGAUCAACUUUUUGGCUUUCUAGUCAGUCUGUUCACUUUGCACAUAGACCACUACUGUGUGUUGACAUAUGUGUUAAGUCGUGUUUGGUGGAAAGUGAGAGAAUAAUUAUAUGUCUGUCUGAUUAAAGGGAAGUAGUUUUUUUCAUGGGUGUCACUUUUACAGAAACCUUGAGAUUCAUUAAGAAUGUACAACUACAAAAAAGGACGAUAAACUGAUAUAAGAAAAAACAUAUUACUUCAGACUUAUGUAUGUUUAUCGUUUUAUGCUUUUUUGCUAUGGCAUUGUCACUUUGUUUUCGAUUUGAUGAGUUUGAAUAGUACCAAAAACUUGUCGGUUUAAAUGAUCAAAUAUUCAAGACAGUUUUAAAUAUGUCAAGGAAGUUGUUGUAGCAGUGUAUAUGUAGAUGUUUUUUUCUCUGUGAAAAUGGUAUACACAUUACAAUAUCUUGUGUUGUGGAGUAAGGUGUAAUUUGUGAAAUGAUAUUCAUGGUUGCAGUAUUCCAUUUUACAACAGUAUACCAAUGUUUCCUCAGCAUGGGUGAAAGUCUUGCUUUGAAAUGUUAUCAUAUAUUGAUCAAGAAUAUACUGGAUAAUGUAAACAAAUUUUUUGCUGCUUUUAUAGGACUUUAUACUUAUAUCAAGGUAUACUAUAAUGGGUAUAGUCUUACAAAUGAACAAUAUCUGAAGUUUUUAUUAACAAUUCUCAUGAAGUUUUUAUAUUUCUGAUAAUUAGCUUGCUAUUGAAAAUGUCAAUUUUUACUUGUACUUGUGCCAUUGCAAAGUUAUGGUGCUUAAUGCAUUAAACUAAUAGACUUUUUUUUUGCAGCAAUAUAUGCCAAUAAACUCAUCAAAGAUACCAGAAUUAAAAUUUUGUACGCCAGACAUCCAUUUUGUCUACAAAAGACUCAUCGGUGAGGCUCAAAUAAAAAAAGUUAAAAAGGCCAAAUAAAGUACGAAGUUUGGUCUAUUUUCACUUUACACAGAAUUUGGAAUGCUAUGGUUCUUUUUAGUUGAAUAAGUUCUCUAUUAUCAUCAUUCAUAGUUGAUUCGACUAUAUUCAUAAAAAACUAUCAUUUCCCCUGUUCUGUAUAGUUACUCAAGUUUCCAGAUUUUUCAUUCCAUAGUAAAUUGGAUUUACUCUGUACACAAGUCUGUAUAAAUACUAUUUAGAAUAUUAUUAGGUGAUAGGUGUAUCAUAACUUUUUAUCCCAUUUUGUAUUCUGGACUGUAUUCCAAUUAAUCUCAGAAAGGGAUCAAUUGAAAUGAAAAUUUAUGACGUUUUCUUCUCUAAAAAUGUACAAAGUUAAAUCUGUUCCUGGUUUAUUUAACUAGAACUUUACCUUCCUCUGUUUGCCAUACAUUUUUAUACAUUAUACAGUAUUAGCAGGUUGAUUUUAAAUAUGAAUUAUAUUUCUUAUGACUGCAUUUGCCAUAUACUUAUACUAUCCAUGUACAUUAUUGCUUCACAAUACAAUUUUGCUUUAAGUCAGCUUUAUUGAUGUUUACGAAAAUUGCUUAAAAGAUGCAUAAUGAAUAAUUAAGAUUUACAUUAAUUGCCUGUAUAAAUGCUUUACAAGUUAUAAAAUAGAAAUUUAUGGUUUGCUAUUGUUUACAUAUACAUAAACCUGAUAUGUUCAGGCAUAGUUGAAACUGAUUAUUAAAGUAAACAAGGUUGUGUCAGUGUAUGUAUUGUAUUUCUGUUGUAAAUGCACAGAGCUUCUGUGAAAUUUUUGUACACAGCUGGUUUGCAUUUUUGUUGAUAGAAGAUAUUUUGUACCAAUCCAUUUUUGAGUAGCUAUUUUUGAAAAAUUGAUUCAUUAGCAUGUAAAGUGAUUUUUUGUCUAUGUUCAUAAUUAUUUAAUGAAAAUCAUUGUCAUUUGCGUAUGUUUAUAUGAGCUUUAAAAAAGGGAAGAUUGCAGUAUCUGUAUUACAUUAUAUUUUGAUUAUUGAACAUUUUUGUAAGUUAACAAUAUUUUUUCAUAUUUGAUUUCUCUACAAUUAAUCCGACCUUGAACUACAAUUAAUUGACCUUGAAAAGAGUUAUUAGUGACUGUAACUUUGUUAUUUAACUGUAAACCUAACAAACUUUUUAUAUAUUUAUGUAACCUUUUUAUAAGAACACCACACCAAAUAACUAAUUUCUGUAUACUAUUGAUCUAAAAAAAAAAUUCUUUAAAAAUUAUACGAAGUAACUCAAAUGUUUAAAUAAUACCUGAAUCUCAUAUUUUGAAUAAGAAAAUAAUACACUUAUUUGAAUUAAUUGUAAGUCAGUGUAUGUAUUGAAUUUUCCACUGUCUUUCUACCCUAGCUUGAAUAAACCACAUUCAAAUAUA